GGCCGCGCGCCGGGCCAGGCGGCAGGCGCGCGCUGAUUGGACGGCGCUCCCCGCGGCGCGGGCCCGCAACCGGGCGUCCCGCACAGCCCAAGCCAGCCGCCGCCGCACCCAGCCGCGCCGGCGAGGACAUGGGCAGCCGCCGCGCGCCCGCCCCCUGCGCCGUUGAAACUGCUUUCCUUUUGGGCUCCUGCAGAGGUGUCCUGGUUGCAGAACCGAGGCCUGUUCACUGUCUCUCUCCUCCUUAAGUUCUGCCCUGUGCCUGCUGCCAUCAGUUAUCCCCUCCCGAGUCUCUUUCGUUCCUUGUCUCCAUGACGCUGGUUACCCAGGUGCAACUCAGAACCUCCUUCUUGCUCCUGACUGCUCAAGAUGUGAAUUAUUAAAAAGAAAAUGGCCCAAAGGAGCACUGUAUUUCCUUCUCUUGUCACCGAGGAAAGGUAUAAUAUAUGGAAAAUAUGCAUCUAAGGCGAGUUAGAACCAUGCCCAGACACAGCCAGUCCCUGACCAUGGCACCCUACUCAUCAGUAAGCCUAGUGGAGCAGCUGGAAGAUAGGAUCCUCUGCCAUGAGAAAACCACUGCUGCCCUGGUGGAGCAUGCCUUCCGGAUUAAAGACGACAUCGUCAACAGUUUGCAGAAAAUGCAAAACAAAGGGGGAGGCGACCGCUUGGCUAGGCUCUUCUUGGAGGAGCACAUCAGAAACAUAACUGCCAUAGUGAAGCAACUUAAUCGCGAUAUCGAGGUACUGCAGGAGCAGAUCCGUGCCCGGGACAACAUUAGCUACGGAACUAAUUCUGCCUUAAAGACUCUGGAGAUGCGUCAGCUCUCCGGUUUGGGAGAUCUUCGGGGAAGAGUGGCAAGAUGCGACGCCAGCAUAGCCAGACUCUCUGCAGAGCACAAGACGACCUACGAGGGUCUCCAGCACUUGAACAAAGAACAGCAAGCUGCCAAACUUAUCUUGGAAACAAAAAUCAAAGAUGCAGAGGGACAGAUUUCUCAGCUUUUGAACAGAGUGGACUUGUCAAUAUCAGAGCAAAGCACCAAACUGAAGAUGUCUCACAGAGAUAGUAACCACCAGCUUCAGCUUUUGGAUACUAAAUUUAAAGGUACAGUUGAGGAACUCAGUAAUGAGAUUUUAUCUGCACGGAAUUGGUUGCAACAGGAACAAGAACGGAUAGAAAAAGAACUUUUACAGAAAAUUGAUCAGCUUUCCUUGAUUGUUAAAGAAAACAGUGGAGCCAGUGAAAGGGACGUGGAAAAGAAACUCAGCCAGAUGUCAGCCAGACUUGACAAAAUAGAAGAGAGUCAAAAGAAGACUAUGGAAGUGCAGAGAACAAAACAAGAAGAGGAGAAGGUGCAUGGGCGAAUCACCAAGCUGGAAUUACAGAUGAACGAGGACAUGAAGGAAAUGAAAGCAGAAGUUGAUGCUGGGUUUACAGCCAUCUAUGAAAGCAUAGGAUCCCUCAGGCAAGUUCUUGAAGCCAGGAUGAAGCUGGACAAGGACCAGCUACAGAAGCAGAUCCAGCAGGUGCAGAAGCCAGAAGCUCCCCUGUGAAGGGGGCAACGAGGACCUUGGAGGUGGUUUUGCCGGUGGGACUGGGAGCCCGAUGCCUCCGUGGUGAGGCCGCCGCUGCAUUCAGGAUGGCUCUCGCCAUGGCGUGCAUGUGCCAGGAAAUGUGUUUUCAUGGGUCUUAAUGUUUGCCUUGAGUCUUGAAAACACUCUUUCUUUAAAAGUAUUAAAAACGGUUUUUACCACUUUAUUCCACUUCUCUAAAUUCAAUGGAAUCACCCCCCUGCCCCGCCCCACCCCCGACCAGCCCUGGAUUUUGAAAGGCUUCUAUCCCCUUCGUUUUAUGAAUGAAAAGACUUAACAAUUUUCCUUCAAUGCUUGACGCUCUAGCCAAGACUUGACUAUUUUGAAAUAAUGUCAUGGUGAUUUUUUAAAUUAAGAAAAUAAUGAAUUGUCACAGGAAUGUGUUGCUCCUUACCCUAAAUUAAGAGAAUGUCCGGCUAGAUUAAAAUUCAACCUUUGAGUCCA